GCGGCCGCGACGGCGCCUGCGUGUUGGGCUGCUGCCUGCGGGAAGAUGGUGCUCAUCAAGGAAUUCCGCGUGGCCUUGCCGUGCUCGGUGCAGGAGUACCAGGUCGGACAGCUGUACUCCGUGGCCGAAGCCAGCAAGAAUGAGACGGGAGGCGGAGAAGGCAUCCAGGUCUUGACCAACGAGCCUUACGAGAAGGACGGGGAAAAGGGCCAGUACACGCACAAGAUCUACCACCUGAAGAGCAAAGUGCCUGGCUUUGUGCGGAUGUUUGCUCCGGAAGGUUCCCUAGUAUUUCAUGAAAAAGCCUGGAAUGCAUAUCCUUACUGUAGAACAGUCGUUACGAAUGAAUACAUGAAAGAGGAUUUUUUUAUCAAAAUUGAGACUUGGCAUAAACCUGACUUGGGCACGUCGGACAAUGUCCAUGACUUGGAUCCCAAUACAUGGAAAAACGUGGAAGUUAUUCAUAUCGAUAUAGCAGACAGAAACCAAGUGGAGCCUGGAGACUACAAAGCUGAUGAAGACCCAGCAUUGUUCCAGUCGGUCAAGACCAAAAGAGGCCCUUUGGGGACUGACUGGAAGAAGGAGUUGGCAGCUGCUGAAGAUUGUCCCAAGAUGUGUGCUUACAAGCUGGUGACCAUCAAGUUUAAGUGGUGGGGAUUGCAGAAUAAAAUUGAGAAUUUCAUUCAGAAGCAAGAAAAGAGGAUAUUCACCAACUUCCAUCGGCAGCUUUUCUGCUGGAUUGAUCGGUGGAUUGACCUGACGAUGGAAGACAUCCGGCAAAUGGAGGAUGAAACCCAAAGAGAGCUGGAGGCGUUGCGCAAUCAAGGAGAAGUGAGAGGAACGAGUGCCGCGAACGAUGAGUGAAGGAAAACAUCAUGUGCAUGUGGUGUCACAAUCCACCCUUGGGGUGUGAGUGGGUGCACAGUUCUUUACACAUUUGUGCAUGCAUGCACACAGAAACAUGUACACAUACACACUGGGUGCAUACUUGUCCUGAGCUGCUGCUCCGAGAUCUCCCCAAGAGGCCCUGCCUUUGUGCUGUAUAUCCAAAGCUAAUUAAACCCACCUAGUGUCAAUUACCGGGAAGAAGAGAAUGAAUUGUGUCAGUUGGAACAUUUCCAAACUAAAGAUGCUGGACCAACUUACUUUAUCUUAUCUUUUAUAAUAUAGAUGAGAGAUUCUCCUUGCUAGGACUUAGUUUGUCUCUGUUUAGAGUUAGAUGUGCAUCAGCAAUUAAUUUUCCAAUUUGUGUGGUUCAUUCGCAAUUUGGCAUAGACAUUCUGAAUGUAUUUAUAGAUAUUUAUUUCUGAAUUAUCACUUUCUUGAAAUCAGAUCAUUUCUAGUAGUAAGGAUCAAUUUCUUGCUACUGAGGUGUGUUUUUUUUUUUACAAAAAAACAUUUUCACCCAUUUGCUGCGAAGAGAUCUAUUUUAUUGGAGUUUUGUAUAUAAAGAGUCGAAGGUUUCUUCAUUAAAAUUGGCAAAGUAAAAGGGAACACAAAGGGGAUUAUGGAUCUUUGUUUUUUAGAACUGUUCAUGGACUCAAACCAGUCUGGAGGAAUAAUGUUCCAGGACAGCCUUAGUGCUGUUUUCAGAACACUCCUCGGUCUUCCACUAUUUCAUCCAAGAAACUGCAUAUAAGCUCUGUUUUGCAUCAACUGUAGGAAAAAAUAACAUUUUCCCAGUACCCUUUGGAAACUGAUAUCCUGACUUGCAAAACCUUCCACAGAUUUCUUAAAAGAAGAGAGGAUCCCAGUAGCAACUUAUUCCAGGCCUAAUUAAGUGGGAGGGCUCUCAGUUUGGCUUGCCCUACAGGAGUUCAUGCCCACAGAUUGACGGGGCUCCAAGGGCCAAUGCAAGGACUGUUCAUCCGUCCAUUUUCGGGAAGUGAGGCUCGUGUGUGUCUGAAGUUGGCGGUUCAGCCUCUAACUCUGGCCACACAGGAAGGCUUGCACGUUACCCCACUGGAGAAUUGGCAUUGUAAAUACAUAAUAUUUUUAAGAGGUUGAUAAUUUGGGCUGCUGCUAAUUCAAGGGCUUGCUGUGUUUAGUGCAGGAAUCUGCUCCCGUCAGUACCAAGGAGAGCAUCCAGUGCCAGGCCCUGCAAGACUCGGGUCUGUGCCUAGUUUGGGGCAGGAUUAGAUGUGAAAAUUGAGAGGAAAUUUUAUAGUGAAUGUAAAAUGAUUACUUCUGCAGUUUCUAGCUUAACUGCGUCAAGACAAUUUAAAUAAA